AAAAGGGCGCAGCGGCGGCCGCUUUCCAGUCGCAGGUGCGGUCGACUUGAUGGUGCAGGCAGGACUCUAACCCACGAGAGAGAAAAGAAGGCCGAGACGCUGAGGACAGAAAACUAAGAAUGGAUACCCUUUUUGGAGCUGUCGUGGGCUUGGGGGCGGCAGUGGUCGGUAUCCCUCUGGCGGCCGGCGCCCUGGGUUUCACCGCCGGCGGGAUUGCUGCUGGUUCCAUAGCAGCCAAGAUGAUGUCGGCGGCUGCCAUUGCCAACGGUGGAGGUGUAGCUGCCGGUGGCGUGGUUGCCACCCUGCAAUCCAUUGGUGCGGCAGGAGUGUCAACGGCUAUAGCUGCCCCAGCUACAGCUGUAGGGGCAGUGAUCGGUUUCUUGAGCAGCUAGAAGAUGCAUCAUGCCAACCCUCUUCUGUCCUCCUUUACAGGAUACUUAUUUGAAGACCCAUUUUUUUGCCCCCAGCUGCAUCAGUAUAGACUCGUGUGCUUGUGGUUGGUAGUAUAUGCUGUACAACCUAGUGGUUCUCCAUCCUUCAAAUAUUUUGAACUUCAAUUUCCCUGGCCAUGCAAACUCCUGGGUUGACCUACCUGAUUGUCACAUCUACACCCAAGGCAUGGAUGAAGAGGAUGAUACACAGCAGAACCGGGAAACUGUAAUUUCUAGGCUUUUAACUCCCAAAAGCUCUUGGCAAUCAUGGCCGGUUGAAAUUCUAGAGUGGUCAUCCAGUUACUUGACUUUUCCAAGCUAGGUAAAUCUUCAGCUUAGAUAUAAACGUCCCUUGAAACAAAUACUGUGCAUUUUGCUGAUCCAGAUAAAUGGCACAUGAUCUUUACAUUGGCACCAGUAGAAUGGUGACAGUGACCCAGUCGUUAAUAAAUGACAGAUUUUGAUUGCAAAGUA